CGAGGCCCUAGCGACGGCGGUCAGCAGGCAGCGGACGCGUUGCACGGCGAUAUGGACGCGACCACCGCCCCGCACCGCAUCCCCCCGGAAAUGCCCCAGUAUGGGGAGGCGAACCACGUCUUCGAGUUGAUGCAGAACAUGCUGGAGCAGCUCCUGAUCCACCAGCCCAAGGACCCCAUCCCAUUCAUGAUUGAUCAUUUGCAACGAGACAAUGAUUACGUGCCGAAGAUCGUGAUAUUAGGUCCACCUGCCUCUGGGAAAACAACUAUAGCAAUGUGGCUUGGCAAACACCUGAAUAGCAAUCUCCUCAGCGUGGAGAGCUUGAUAGCAAAAGAAUAUUCCUCUCUGGCUGCAGAUGCCAGGAGACAUUAUCAGAAGUUCCAGACGUUGCCCAACACGCUGCUCGUCAGACUGGUUCAGGAACGCCUGAGGGAAGAGGACUGCAUCAGGCGGGGCUGGAUUCUGGAUGGCAUCCCUGAAACUCGGGAGCAGGCUCUGAUGAUCCAGACCCUCGGGGUCUCCCCCAGACAUGUCAUCGUGCUGAGCGCUCCAGACACAGUCCUGAUUGAGAGAAAUUUGGGGAAGAGAAUCGACCCUCAGACAGGAGAGAUCUAUCACACCACCUUCGACUGGCCCCCCGAGUCCGAAAUCCAGAACCGACUGAUAGUGCCGGCAGGCAUCUCGGAAGGGGAGACGGCGCGGAGGCUGCUGGAGUAUCACAGGGACAUCGUCAGGAUCCUCCCCUCGUACCCCAAAAUCCUGAAAGUCAUCACCGCCGACCAGCCGUGCGUGGACGUCUUCUGCCAGGCUCUGACCUAUGUCCAAACCGUGCAUCGAUCUAACGCCCCGUUCACCCCGAGGGUGCUGCUUUGUGGGCCCAUGGGCAGCGGGAAAAGUCUGCAGGCCGCCCUCCUGGCCCAGAAAUAUGGCCUCGUCAACGUCUGCUGUGGGCAACUGCUCAAAGAGGCCGUGGCAGACAAGUCCAAGUACGGCGAGAUGAUCCGGCCCUUUUUCGAAAAGGAGAUGGCAGUCCCCGACAACAUCAUCAUGAAGGUGCUGAGGCAGCGCCUGGACCAGCAGGACUGCGUUGAGAGAGGGUGGGUGCUGCACGGCUUCCCGCGAGACAGGGACCAGGCGCACUUGAUGGACGGCAUGGGCUACAAGCCCAACAGACAAGCCCUCCAGAUGAUCCUCAACAUCAGACAAAUCUGGGAAACACAGGAUCAGAGUGGCACUUCUCCAACCUCGAUGGUGUUUUUCCUGAAUGUGCCAUUCGAUUCCAUCAUUGAGCGGCUGACCCUGAGAAGAACCGACCCUGUCACAGGAGAAAGGUACCACCUCAUGUACAAGCCACCUCCGACCAUGGAAAUCCAGGCCCGUCUCCUGCAGAGCCCAAAGGAUUCCGAAGAGCAGAUCAAGCUCAGAACGGACCUGUUCUACAGGAAUUCCGCUGAGCUGGAGGAGUUCUAUGGGCGGGCCAUCACCCUCAACGGGGACCAGGACCCGUACACCGUCUUUGAAUACAUAGAGAGUGGGAUCAUUAAUCCCCUGCCCAAGAAAGUUCCCUGAUGGGCUAAGAGCAAGGAGCAUCCCCCAGGGAAACAAAGUUAAUCCUUCUCCCCCGACCUUCUGGAAACUCAGCCGAGCCAAUAAAGAGUGCUGAGUGCA